CUCUCUCACACUCUCACUCUCACUCUCACUCUCACCUCACCAACUCCUGCCACUACCACACCAAUCACUUCUCCCGACACCACACACCAGUCAACCUCCCCUCCCCCCCUCAAUCUUUCAAGAUGCCUGGCGUUACCUCCGACUCCAAGGGUUCCAAGUACGAUGCCAUCCCCGGCCCUCUGGGUCUGGGCUCUGCAUCCCUCCAGGGCAAGGUUGCUCUCGUCACCGGUGCCGGCCGUGGCAUUGGUCGUGAGAUGGCCAUGGAGCUCGGCCGCCGCGGCGCCAAGGUCAUUGUGAACUACGCCAACAGCGCCGAGACCGCCGAGGAGGUCGUCCAGGCCAUCAAGAAGGCCGGCUCCGACGCCGCCUCCAUCAAGGCCAACGUCUCCGACGUCGACCAGAUCGUCCGCAUGUUCGCCGAGGCCAAGAAGAUCUUUGGCCAGCUCCACAUCGUCUGCUCCAACAGCGGCGUCGUCUCCUUCGGCCACGUCAAGGACGUCACCCCCGAGGAGUUCGACCGCGUCUUCGCCAUCAACACCCGCGGCCAGUUCUUCGUCGCCCGCGAGGCCUACAAGAACCUCGAGGUCGGCGGCCGCCUCAUCCUCAUGGGCUCCAUCACCGGCCAGGCCAAGGGCGUCCCCAAGCACGCCGUCUACUCCGGCUCCAAGGGCACCAUCGAGACCUUUGUCCGCUGCAUGGCCAUCGACUUUGGUGACAAGAAGAUCACCGUCAACGCCGUCGCCCCCGGUGGCAUCAAGACCGACAUGUACCGUGACGUCUGCCGCGAGUACAUCCCCGGUGGCGCCGAGCUCGACGACGAAGGUGUCGAUGAGUACGCCGCCGGCUGGUCUCCCAUGCACCGCGUCGGUCUCCCCAUCGACAUUGCCCGCGUCGUCUGCUUCCUCGCCUCCCAGGACGGCGAGUGGAUCAACGGCAAGGUCAUCGGCAUCGACGGUGCCGCUUGCAUGUAAACCACAUUCAACACCCACCUGACUGUAGUAAUCGGAGUAAUGGCGACCGGCGGGGACACUAGAUUGGACCACUGUACAUUUUAUAUUCAUGACACGGCAUAUACCGAAUAAAAUCAUGUGCCC